AUGUCCGGCACGCUCAAGGAGCUCAGGGCUCACCUGGUCGCCGCUAAGACCGCGUUAUCAGCCGGGAACCUCGCCGCCGCGCGGGAGUCGUGCAAGAGCGCGCUCGGGGUGGAUGACGAAUCGUACGAGGCUUGGACGUUCGACGGCAAGGUGGCGUUCGCCUCGGGAGACGCCACGGGCGCGCUGAAGUCCUACAAAAGGGCCGUCGGCAUCAAGAACGACCACCCGGCGGCGUGGCAGGGCAUCGCGGAGGCUGCGGAAACGACGGGGUCGCACGCGGAAUGCGCCGCCGCGCUCGACGCUCUCCUCCGGAUGCCCGUCGACGGCAGAUCCGUGACGGGGGACAAGAAGGCGGAGUGGAGGCGAAGGAUGGCCUCCGCGCUGGGUGCCGCCGGGGCGUGGGGAGACGCGUCCGACGUAUGGACCGAACUCGCGGAGACGAUGGGUCCCGAGGGAUCGACCGACGCUGCUGAACCGACAGCAACCGACGCUCGGAGAAUGGCGGCGGAGUGCGCGUGUUCGGCAAACGCAGCCGCGGCUGAAGCCGCAGCCGAAGCAGCCGCCGCGGAGGCGCAGCGGACGUCGGUGACGAGCCGUGCCGACGUGGCAUCGAUCAGAUCCACCGCGAUGCGUUCGCACGACGCGCGGUGCGACCCGCGGCUGGAACGGACGCUCCGAACGUACCUCGAGCGAUUGCCGCGACAUUCGAACGAGGAGUCGGACCCCAAACUCAUCAGUCCGUACGUUCACUCGCUGCACGGGCGUCUGCUGACCCGGGCACUGGCGAGGACGGCGGCGACGGGCACCCGUGAGGACGCCCUCGCGGCGAUGGACGAGGCGGAGGCGAUCGUGGCGCGGCACGGUGAAGACGUGCCAGAGGCGGCUGCGGCGUGUCGCGCCGCCGCGCUCGAGUCGAUCUGCGCGUUAAACCUCGGCCUCGACGUCGAGGAGGAGGGAUGGGAUUCGGACCAAGGGGGCGGACGAACGACGGCGGGGAACGACGGCGACGGCGACGACGGCGACGGCGACGCACGCGCCAGUCUGGAACGGCGUGCGGCGCGUCUUGUGUCCGUCGGCUCGGAACCGAGUCUCGAAUCCGUCGACCCGUGCGAGGCGGUGGCGGCGGCUUGGCUCGCGCUGCGCGAGUCGGGACGUAGCGGUCGAGCGGCUCACCCGCCGGGGUCGGCGGUGGGCGCCGCCGCGCUGCCCCACCCCGGUCUCGUCGCGCUCGGAGACGCGCUCGCGGCGGACGAGAGCGCGCGCUCCGCGGGGGCGUCGGACCCGACGUCUACUCGCGCGAUCACGACGGCGGCGUCCGAGGCUGCGGCUGCGGUCAAAGCGGCGGCGGCGCCCGAUCCCCUCGGUCCCGGCGCGAGGGUCGUCGGCUGGAGCGCCGCGGCGGAGGCGGCGCACAUGGCGGGCGACGCGGCGGUCGCUUUGGAACACGCGCGCAAGGCGCUGAAGGCGUGCGGGGCGCUCGGAUGGACUCGGGGGGGGUCCAACCCGGGUCAUAUAAACCCGGGUCCUCCAACCGGGUGCGAGCGUCGGGUUCGCAUCGUCGCCGCUGAGGCGCUCCUCUCGAUCGGUCGAACGCGGGAGGCGACGGCGGCGCUGGGAGCGCUGAACGAUGCGACGGAGAGCCCGAGGACGUUGAGGGGUCUGGCGAUGUGUCUGGACGGCGGCGAAGGGUCCUCCCAUUCGGGUGGUGAAGGGCGCGUCGCCGCCCUGAAGAGGGCGGCGUCGCUCGCACCCAACGCCCCGAGGCCACUCGCGGAGCUCGGAUGGGCCAUGCUGAGGAAUGGCGGCAACGGCGUCGGGGUUCGGGCGACCAGGCUCCUGGAACGCGCCGCGACGCUAACCGCCGGCUCUGUUCCCCCAGACGUCGACGCCAAGUUGGGCGUCGCUCGGUGGACGGAGGCCAUAGAACGAGAGGCCAAAGGCGAUGUGGGCGAGGCCAAGUCGUGCGCACUCCGCCGCGGGCCAAACACCGCGCACGCCUCGCUCCUCGCCGCCGCGGCCGUCGACGGUCCCUUCCAACCCCUCGCGUUUGCGUACCUGGCCAGGAUGUACGACACAGCUGGCGACGCGAGCCGGUCAAAGAAGUGCAGGGCGCGCGCGUUGUCCUUAGACCCGGCGGAUCCGAUCGCGGGACCCGACGAGUGCGCGGCGAGGGGCGAUGAUCACGCGUACGUGGCGCGCACGUGUCGCGACGCGUUGCGUGCGAAGCCGCGGUGCCUCUGGGCGGCCGUGCGCCUCGCGCCGGCGGCGUCCCGGCUGGGCGACCACGAAGCCGCCGUCGGCGCGCUCCAGACGGUGUUACGCUCGGUGCCCGACUCGAGUGCCGCGUGGGAGGCGUUGGGCGCCGCCUACGACGCCCUCAACCGGCAUAGCGCGGCGCUCAAGGCUUACGGCCGCGCGAUGGACAUCGAACGCGAGCGCUCCGGGCUCGGGUCGGGGUUGCUCGGGUCGGGGUUGACGACGAAUUCGAUUGAUGAUCCCGGCGGCCGGGUGUUUGCGUCCGUGAGGUCGGGUCGGAUCAUGCACCAGAUGGGCGCCGUGCGUGAGUCGAUCGCCGCGUACGAGAGCGCGCUCGCCGUCGCCCCCGGGCACACCGCGGCGCUCCUCGGCCUGGCCGAAGCCGAGCUCGGCCGGGCCCGUAUGGCGGCGGGACGAGCCCCCGGCGCCGCGAUCGCGUCGGCGGAGCGGGCGGCGGAGGCGGCGACACAAGCUAUCCAAGCGGUCACUCCCGGGACGGACGCGCCCAAACGGACCGCCGUGAAGCUCAUCGGCGACGCCAUGAUGGUCGUCGCGCGGUGCAGGGAUCCAAAGGCGAUCGUGCAAGGUUCCGACGACGACGCAAUCGACGAAAGGGAGGCUUCCAAACCAUCCGCGGCGACUCGCGCGGCGCAGGCGGACGCCGCCGCCGAGAAGGCGGCCCGCCGAGCCCGCCGAGCGUACGCCCGGGCGAUCCACCUGGAACCGAACGCGGCGUGCGCGUGGCGCGACCUCGCGGGGGCGUGCGUCGCGGAGGGCGACGCGUGCGCGAGUCGCGGCGUUGAGUCACCGGGUAGUGAUGAGUCACCGGGUAGGGCGAAAUGUCGCGACGUCGCCGAGCGGUGCCUGCGCGGGGCGCUGCGGGUGGACGCCGCCGACCCGGCGACGUGGACGGCGAUCGGCACCCUCCCCGGUGCCGAGGGUGCCGACCCGACGCGCGACACCGCGCGCAGGGAGACGGCGCUGGCUCGCGCGGUCGCGCUGGACCCGAGGUGCGCCCCCGCGUGGUCGGCGCUCGGCCGCAUCUACCUGCGCCGCGCGGCGACCGAGGCGGAUCCCGGCGAGCGAGGCGUUUUCAUCUCCCGCGCGCAGCGGGCGCUCGAUAACGCUCGAGCCGCGGACCCGAGCGACGCCAACGCGUGGGUGGGCACGGCGCUGCUCCACUCCGCGCGCGGCGACGAGGGCGAGACCGCGGGCGCGUUCCGCAUGGCCUCCGACCUCGGCGCCGGACGCGAGGCUGAUGUGUACAGGGCGCUCUCGGGCCUGAGGGCGGCGGCGGAGUUGGCCGCGGCGGCCGCGUCCGAGGGACCGUUCAAGCCGACGCACGACGCGGGCACCAAGGUUACCAGCGUCGGUGGAGCCUACGCGGCGGCGAGGAGGGCGGUGGAGGCUGCCCCCGGCGACCCCACCGCGCGUCUAUCGCUGGCGUUGGCGUCGGAGGCGAAGGGCUUGUUCGUCGAAGCGGCUUUCGCGUACGACGACGUCGCGGCUCUUCUCUCCCAUCACGCGACGCACACUUACGAGGGCGACACACGCGGGAUCGCGAUCGACCCCGACGUGUUGGCGCGCGAGGCUUCCGCGGGCGCCGAACGCGCGCGGGCCGGCGCCGAACGUGGUGUUGGCGCGCCUUCUGCUUUGGGGGAGCUCUCGGGCUGGGAGAGCAUCGCGAACGUGGACGACGUCGCCUCUAUCGCCGCGUACGUUCGUUCCGCGAGAGCGACGUUCCGCGAACGCUUCGAGUCGCAUGCGCGCGUCGCGAGGGUGGAGGCACUCGCGGGUGCCGCAGCGGCGCUCGCGGGUGACCCAAACGCGGCGGCCAGGUCCCUCGCCAAGGCGGUUCACCUCUCCCCGCGCGACGUCGCCAUCCGAGGCGACCUCGCGCGAGUCCUGCCGGCGACGGACGCGUCGGGCGCGGCGACGCGCGCCGCGGGUUCGCUGGUCCCCGCGCCCACCGCGGGUUCCGUCGGCGGGCUGCUGCUCGCGUCACCCGACGCGUCCGUCGAGGCGAGAGAAUCGGUGACGCGCGCGACGGCGGCGUCGGCGGCGGCUCUCUCGGCGGCGGGGACGGACCUUUGGACGGACAAAAGGACUGACAAAAACGCGGGGACCCUCCGCGCCGCGGGCGUUCGUCUCGCCAAGGCGUACCACCUGUCGCCGAGCGGCGUCGCGGGCGAAGACGCGUACGCGCUCAUGGCCCUCGUGACGGCUCGACGCGCGGCUGUCGGCGACGGGUGGGGCCCGGAGUUUCGACUCGCGGCGGGUAGAAGAUGCGCCGCCGUCGCCGAGGUUAUAAAAGGACGCGAUCCCCACCUCGCCGCCGCGGUACUCUGCGCCGCGUCCGAGUCCGCGCUCGCCGGCGGGCGCGUGGACGUCGCGGCGGUACACGCGAGGAGGUGCGCGGAGGUGGCGUUUGAAGAGACGAACGACGCCCGCGACGCCGUCGGGGUCAUCCCCGCCGUCCACGCGGCGACGGCGACGGCUCGGUGCGCGUGGGCAUCCGGGGACGCGGCGACGGCGGCGGCGGAGCUCCAAUUGGCGAUUUCCGCCGCGGCUGAGGGCGCCGCGUGCGCGUCCCACGCCCCGGCAGCGAUAGCGGGAGGAACGUCGUUCAGAUCGUCCACCACCGCCACCCCGCGCGUCGUGUCAGCCGCGGGUGACGCGGCUGCUGCUUCGUUUGCGCUUCUCCCCGGCGCGAGCGUCGACGUUCCCCCCGGUUCCUGCGCGGCGCUGACGAUGGCGGCGGCGUGCGCGUCGUUGGCGGUGGGCGAGUUCAAGGCGGCCGAGGCGCUUCUUCGCGACGCGCAACGCGGUGCCGUGGACCUCGCGGCGUCGAGCGGGGGCGUUCAGCCGCUCUGCGCGUCCGCGUCUAAGGCGCUGUUGGGCGCCGCGCUGCUGGCUCGCGCCAAACCGACGGAGGACGGCGGGGGCGGCGAUCCAAAGGCGGCCAAGGAGGCUUGGAAGGUGCUCGCGAGGGCGAUGAGGGGCGCGGGGUUUGGGACGACGCUCGCGGCGGCGUGCGGCACCCUCGGCGUGGAGGCUGAACUGGCGAAGGGCGGUAAAAGCGAGGGGGAGGUGGAGGCUGAACUGGCGAGGUUGGCCGGUUGGUCGGCGGCUGGCGUUGCGACGCCCGCGGCGGCGCACGCGGCCGCCGCACAGCUGUGCGGGUCAUCGCCGCGCGGGAGGGUGGACGCGCAGAAGGCUGUGCACGCGGCGCCGUGGGCGGUCGAACACUGGCAUCGGCUGUGGCAGAGGCCCGAUUACCACCGACGAGCAGAGGCUUGA